UACUUAAAUUAACUUUUCAGGCAAACCAAAUUAUGUAUUAUACCCCCUCUUGUAAUUCUAUACAAAGUCAAUGUUUGUGAAGAGAAGAACUAGGGGCUAUAAAUUAAGCCUUUCAUAAGAACUGUUGUGUCUGCAGGGACUCUUUCUCCUUUGCAUUUUUUGGCUUUUCAAUGAAUGAAGAAUUUCUCAGCAAAUUAUUAAUUACUCCUUCCUGCCUAUAGAACUGAGUUCACUGUAGUUAUGUAGGAGUCAAUGGUAUUCAAACUGCAGCUUUUGAUGAAGUAAUCAGCAGCUUCUGGGGCCUCUUUCAGCUGCCCUGGGCGUGCUUCACAUGUAAACGACUGCCAAAUGGAUUCUUUCGACAUUCCAGCCAAUUAAAAUACAUUUAAAGUGCAGCUGGUGGAGAGGCAAGCCUUGAGAUUGUAUGGAGAACUCCAGGGCAGGGAGACACAAAACAAACUUUGUGAACUGGGCAGUUCAACCAGGCAUUGGGGGGGUAUUGGAGAAAGUCAUAAAAAGAGACAGUCUUUAGCUUCUGUCAGAAUCAGAGAUGACACUUUGAGCACUACCUUAAAAGAAAUAAAGAAGCAUGUUUGUUAGGGUGUCAGUUUUCUUCCAUUGCCUUUUGAAACUCUGUGUUGGCUGGGUGCCCAAUGUGGUGCUGCAUACAAAUAUUGACAGAACACAGCAGUGUUUGUUAAACCAGGGCUGUGGAAGCCAGUGAUUAAAACUCUUGAAGGAAGAUCUGAAAAACGCAGGAACUCUCAAUAGCCUUAGGACAUUGACCGAAUGAAAGCGAAAGCAAUGAGUGGGCUAAACUGAAAUUCUUACCAUCUCUUGUCUGCUAUCCCUUUUCGUGACCUUGGAAACAGAAGGGGAAUUCUUAUAAUUCACAAAAGAAAAUAAAUAACUUCACUCAUGGAGGGAAAGAGACAGCUUGAGAAAAGAGAUUUUGGAAAAAGGCUGUCUCUAGACAGCAGUCUUGUGGAAUACAUGGACUCGAAUAAGUACAUAGAACAUCUGUUAACACAGCUUGAGGAGCAACACAGUAGUCUCUGGAGGGAGAAGUUGGCUGUGGCCCGUCUGCAGCGAGAAGUUGCCCAGAGAAGAAAUGAGGGGGCCAUGCAUGAGCAGCUGAUACAUGAAUUGGAAGAGGAAAGACACUUGCGUCUUCAGAGUGAGAAGAAGUUGCAGGAGGUGACACUGGAGUCUGAGCGCAACAGAAUUCAGAUGCGUGGCCUGCAGCAGCAGUUCUCCAGGAUGGAAGAAACAGUACGGAAUCUAUUGCAAAAUCAAGUGCCUCCAGAACAGAAAAGAGAAGAAACUGUUAAUAUAAUGAUCUACCAGGAAAACCUGUCAGAGGAAGAGAGAAAACAUAAAGAAGCUUUGGAGAAUCUUCACUUGGUGUUAGAUGAGGAUUCCAGAAGUGAAAGCAGCAGCACAGAUGAGGGAAAAGAAAAGACCAAAUUUCUCUUAGAAAGACUGAAAGCUCUAGAGGCAGAGAAUUCAGCAUUGACACUGGAAAAUGAAAAUCAAAGGGAACAAUAUGAAAGAUGUCUUGAUGAGGUAGCCAACCAGGUAGUUCAAGCUCUGCUCACUCAAAAGGAUCUAAGAGAGGAAUGUGUAAAAUUGAAAACAAGAGUGUUUGAUUUGGAGCAACAGAAUCGAACAUUAAGCAUCCUGUUCCAACAGCGAGUUAGACCAACUUCCGAACUGUUCCUCCAGAAACUUCACUCACGAAUCUUAGAUCCUUCAUCUGAUGAUUUGCUUUCAGAGGUUGAAAGAAGCAAAAGUCUGUCACAGUCACAAACUGAUGUUAAGAUGCACGAAUGCCAACUGAAUGCAAAAUCAGGAGUCCCUUCUUUGAAAUACCCUGGAUUGGGGGUUGUCAUCCCAGGUCAUCUCUGCCCUCAAAAUAGCUGCAGCAGCAGUGACUUGUCUCUUUCAAGUACCUGUAGCGAGUAUUCCAGCGGCUCCUCCUACACGUGGCAUGACAGGAAGAGCUUCAGGAAAAGGUCAAAUGAAGGGAUAUAUUCUCCAGGAAUUAAGAGUAGCAGCCUCAAAGACUAUCCACCCAGCAGAUCGUCUGACUUGAGGAGUUCCUGCAGGGAGUCCCAGGAAACAUUUGUUUAUGACACAGAAUCCAUGAUGUGCUAUGAGGACACUUCCUCAUUAGCAUUGCUCCAGGCAGUUCCAAAUCACUGCAGGCUGCACACUUGUAGAUUAACCCACAGUGUUUCUGACAGUCUUUUUGGCUGGGACUUGAAUAGAAAAUACUUUUCAGAAGGUACCUCUUCAAUUUACCCCAGGGAAAAACCCGAAAAGCUAACCAGUUGUGCCAGCAAUUAUCCCUUACAGAGAAAGCUGUGCCCGAUUGUGCAGGCACCUCAGAUCCACAAACAGAGGGAGCCACACAGCCAGAGUCGCAUUCCUCUCAAUCUCCAGCUCUCUGAUACUGAUGACAGUGAAACCCUCGAUGAGUUGCACAUAGAAAGUGAUGGGAAAAGCCCAUCGGACUUGUCAUUAACAGCUGACACCGACAAGUCUAUGGAAAACCUGGACAUCCUCUCAGGAUUUGGAAAUCCUCAGCUUGGGUCUUCUGAUGAGCAGGGGGGGAAAGUGCCCAUCCACUUAGAGUGUAGGCCAGAGACAUUUAGUUUCAUACAGCAGCAAAGGGUUGUAAAAAGAACUUCUUCAGAAGAAUGUAUUACUGUAGUGUUUGAUGCGGAGGAUGUAGAGCCCAUUGAAUUUAGCUCUUGCCAGACUGGUGUUGUCACUGUUACCAGAAAUGAAAUUUCCAUCAAUCAGGCCCCUAGUGGACCCAAGGCAGAAAACACUGAACUUUUACCUCAGGGAAUUACUCAUUUACAGCCAGAAUGUGCUGCAAGAGACUAUACUUUCUUAAAGCGAUCCGAAAAGGAAGUUGAGAAAAACAUUCCAAAAGGUGGUGUAGAUAAUGUUACCAUAUCACCCACUGAAUCUUCCUGCCCCAAGACCAUGAUGCAAAAUUCUCAGCAACAAAAACUGAUCAAACCAACACACAAUUUGUCAUGCCAGAGGAACUCUAGACCUUCAGUGUCUGUGGGUAUUUAUCCAAAGCAAAAUUCAACAAAAAUACCUACUAGGAGCAAGUCUUCACCUCAGAAAUCAAAACUAAUGGAGACUGAAGCCUCCACAAGAGUUCCCUCAUCUGGCCCAGUGCCUCUUGAAAAGUCACCAGUCUCAGCUUCUCAGAAACUCUCACGAUUCAAGAAGACUGAGAAUACAGGGUCCCUCUUCAAUUCACAGCCAGAUUCACACAUUCCAAAACACCCCACCCAACUUCCUCAUGUUUCCAAAAUGUCCUCCAGUAGGAAUUGGGUUCAUUGCUCCAAGAGUCAGAUUCCAGCAUCACAGAUGUUAUCAAGGCCCCUUGCUGAUUCUAAUGACAAUGGAGACUCUCCUACAAGGGAUAAACACUGUGGUUCAGGACCAGAGGCAAGGUUGAAAUCACCCUCCCUUCCACCCCCUCCAGGAAGGUCAGUCUCCCUACUUAUCAGGCCAGGUUAUGACUAUAUGCUACCACCUUCAUCUGCUAUGUCCAGACCCAGAGCUCCUAGUGAAAAUGUAAGAAUGACAUUCAAAUCCACCCCUGUUAAAGGAUCUGCUCCUGUUAUUUCUUCUAAUCAAACUGUGACAGAAGAACAAGGAAUGAAAUCUGCUAAGGCCUUCAAAAGGCCUAUCAUUACUCACCUUCUGCCUUCCACAGAAACAGUGAUUCAGACCAGAUGUUCUGCUUACACCCCCUCUAGCACCUAUGCUGCAAUGGCUUCAGGGCCCCCAAAGGUCUCCCCAAAAAGAGGUAUUUCUAAAGCCCCACCUCACCAAACACUUGGUACCAUACAAAUAGGUUUACAAAAUCCCGAGAACUGUCACUUAACCCAUGAACCACUGGAAAUGUCAUCUCCUGAAAGCGUGUCCCCAGGAAGAAAGGGACAAUUGAGUGACAGUGUCUCCACAUCACCCCAGUCCUUCCUAGGAGUACAGGCAUCACAACCAUCUCAGGUAAAUAGUCCCUCAUCAUCAUCAUCCUCCAAAAGUUGCAGUAUCCCUCCUAGUGGUCAAAAUGCUCAUGAGAAAGGACUGAAAACCCACUUUCCUCUUGGACUCAAAGUUCUCAUGAAGUCUCCCCAAUUGCUCAGGAAAAGCUCUACAGUUCCGGGGAAACAUGAAAAGGACAGCCUAAAUGAAGCCUCUAAAAGUUCUGAGGCCGUGAGUAAGUCUAGAUCAGAGGACUCUAGAAAUUCAUCAAACCUUGAGACCAUAGGAGUUGAAAGAAACAGUGUCCCACUGGAUGUACAGUCACAAGAGAGUUUUGUUGAAGGACCAAGGACUGAGUCAUUAAAAAACAGGAUCCCUGGGGCUGAUGGAAAAGAUGGGGUAGAAAACAAGUCUGUGAAGAGAUCCCUUUCCUCUAAUAAGCAGCACCUAAAGCCGGCUCUAGGCAUGAAUGGAGCCAAAGCUCGUAGCCAGAGCUUCAGCAAUCACUCAGGAGACAAGCCCUCCACAACUUUAGUGGAAGGACCAGGCAAAGUCCGGACUCAGAUUAUUACCAACACUGCUGAGAGAGGCAAUUCUCUCACAAGGCAGAGUUCCUACACAGAAGGCUCCCCCAGUAAGACCCCUUCUACCCCCACAUCUGAUAGCCUUCCCCAUACUGGGAGGUCUCUGGGGCAUCCAUCCCAUAGGCAAGACUCCUUAGGAAGCACAGGCAAUUCUGGCAGUCCACACAGAAGCCCAAGUAAGCUGCCUUUGAGGAUCCUUCCCAAAUCUGAUGAAUUCCUCACUCCAUUUGGAACAGAAGAGCAGCAGACCUUCACACAGGGCAGGGGCUCCAGCAUGGCUGUCCCUGAGGAAGCAGGCAGCAGCUACUGCAGAUGUUCUAACACUCCAACAGACUGCCCUCAUAGCCUGCAGAGUUCAAGGAGGACACAGCGUCUGGGAGACUUUGAAACAUGCAGGACAUCCAAGACAGAAACAUCUGGAAGGUACCCAGAUACUUCUACAACUAAGACUGGUGCUACGAGCCCAGAAGCCACCCUCUCACCGACCAUUGAAGAAAAGGUCAUGUUGUGCAUUCAGGAAAAUCUGGAAAAGGGCCAAGUGCAAACAAAGUCCAUCUCUGUGGAAGCAAAGCCUAAGUCUGGGCCUUCUUUUGCCAGCUGGUUUGGUUUUCGAAGGAGCCGACUUCCAGCUCUCAGUAGCAGGAAAAUGGAUGUCUCCAAAGCCAAAGUGGAAAAGAAAGAUACAAAAGGUUUGGGGUUUGGAAACAAACAAAUAAAAUUGGAGAGAAAAAAAGAGAAAAAGAAGCCUGAGCUACAAUGUGAGAUAGACGAGUUGAACAGGGACACAGAAUUGACAGAUAGUCCAAAUGUUGGUUUACAAAGCAAAAGUGACCUGGAAACACCACAAAAUAUUUGUAACCAAAUGAAGCUUGAGUCAAGAAGUAGACCCAUUCCUGUUACAUGCUCAACAAAAGAUACCUUUAUGACAGAACUUCUGAACAGAGUUGAUAAGAAAGCAGCUCAACAGGCAGAUAGUGGGUCAAACAGCCUUUCCUGCAGGAAUGUGCUAAAGAACAACUCCCAGGGUGCCUGCCUCACCAGCAACUCUGUCAGCACUCAAGGAAACCACAGGAAAAGCAUCAAAACCAAAACUGAUGUGGAAAUACAAAAAGACUCCCAGGUGAAAGAAACAAAGGAAAAACUACAAGAAGAUGAAGAGAAUACAACUGCAGAUUCCUCAUUUCAGAAUCAUAUUAUAGAAUCAAACUGCCAGAUGAGGACACUGGACAGUGGAAUUGGAACCUUCCCACUCCCAGACUCAGGCAACCGCUCAGCAGGGCGAUACAUAUGUCAAGCUGACUCCCUGGAUGACUCUGAGCCGAUCCUUUCUCUCCAAUCAGCACUUUGUGCGGCUUCUUCCAUCAGAGCCCAAACCCUUGAACGAGAAGUGCCUUCCUCUGUAGAUGGCCCAGAGUCGGAGGAGAAAGUGAUUGUUCAUUCCACCUCUGACCCCAUUAUGACAGCCAGAGGGAUAGGACCACUUCAAAGUCGCCUCCCCAAACCAGCCUCCUCAGGAAAAAUCACUUCCCAAAAGCAGAAUGAAACAGAACCAAGACCUCAGACUUGCUCAUCAUUUGAAUAUGCAGAAAACACAAUGGCCAGUGAACAGCUUCCAGACUGGGGGAGUGGAGACCAGGUGACAGAGACCCAGGACAAGGUAACCAGAAUGUGUACAUACUCUGCCAGUGGUGGCAGUGAUAGUGACAGUGACCCGGACUAUGGAAAUCAUGGUUUUGGAGCUGGAAGGGGCAAAUUAGUGCAAACACUGAAGAGCAGCACCCAAGAAAUUGAAACAAGUUGAAGAAACAAAAGAAGAUCCUGAGAAUAGAUUACCUGAAAUUUCCCUGGAGUCAUUCAAUAAAUAUAACAGCAAUACUA